UCGAGGUAUAUGCUUGUCUAGCGUGGUCUAUGCCUUUUGGCAAUCAAGCUUCUGGGGUAACUAUACUAUGCCUUUUCAUUUGUUCUCACCCUGAGUCAUUGAGGUUUUCGUCAAUGCAGUAUUGAGUCUUGUUGUCCAGUUGGACUAGCCUUUUCUUCUUCUUUCCUUCUUUAUUUGGUGAAAGAACUACUCAGAGUAGCACUCGGAGCUUACCCAUAUCUUUCUUGCAAGCACAUUUUGUGAUUACUCUAUGUUUUUCACUAAAGUUCAUUCAAAUAUCCCAACAAUGACUUAUCCCGUGGCGAGUCUGACUUAUAUAAGGACGUUUUAAUACUUCAUGAUUUUCGAGCCACAAAGACACAAAGAACCCACAAUGCUUCCACUGAGAUCCUUCUUCACGCGUGAAGAUGGGGCACCCAAGAGCACCGAAAUAAUUGACCAAGUCCAGCGAUGCCGCCGACUAUACAACGCGAUCCAGCACCCCCGCGGGCAGCCCAACAGGAACACGUGCUGGACCGAAAUAGAGAAAGCGUUCCUAGCCGACUAUGAAUUCUCUUCGGUCAGCAAGCUACGCACGAUGCCCGCGCUGCGGCAAUUCGUCGGCUAUGUCCUCAGCCGGCUGGAGGACGCAUUCGCGCACCCCGGCCCGCUCCAAGACGGCAUCUGGUGUGAAGCGCUGGUGUUCUCCUUCGAACGAGCCCAGCAGGAUGCGGAAUUCUGGAUCAAAUUACUUAGAACCACACUUUGCAACCGGCCGCUAGGCUACGAGAGCGUACAGUUCAUUCUCAGCAGCCCAGAGUAUGCGGUGCCCGGCGCGGACUGCGAGAACGAACUCAGCGGCCUCUAUCGCGACUUCGUGCUGGACAAUUUGCGGAAGCGGUACCCAAAGGCUAACGCCGUGCUGCAACAGCGGCUGGCCGACGCGAGAGUCGCGCGGUGGCGCAUGUUGCACUGGCACAAGCGGAAUAUGUCGACCGAUGGGGAGCCCAUCGCGCUAUCGUCAUACCGACCUGAAGGUUUCUGGCCUCAGCCGCCGGCUCUGCCUGCCGGGGCGAAGGAGGUCCUGUGCCCGUACUGUGCUGACGCGAUCCCGGUGGCGAUCUGCGAGCCCGAGAGGUGGAAGGCGCACGUUCUCUAUGAUUUUCACCCGUACAUCUGCAUGCACGAGGAGUGCAACGCCGAUGCGGCAUUCGCAUCCACGGAAGACUGGAAUUAUCACAUGUGCUGUCAUGCUUGGGAGGACGAGGAGGAGGCCUGCCCCCUCUGUAAGAUGGACUUGCCGCCUGGUUCCGCUAGACAUUUGACUGAGCACCUGGAGGAGGAGAUUAUGUCCAUCCAACCACACUCCCAUUGUCCGGGGAAGGAGGACUAGUUCUAGUCCACCAUAGUGGGCGUCCCUUACACUCUCUUUUUAAGAUAGUAGAAGCCUAGCAAAUGAUGGAGACCUGGGCUUCCACAUUGUUCUCCUAGACAAGCAUUAGGUUCAUACCUAAUAAUUAGCAGC